ACACUUUAUGACGCGAGCCGGCACGAGUUGGAGGCCUUGGAACAUCCAAUCCCAAUCCCCAAUCCCCAUUCCACAAUCCACAAUCCACAAUCACCAUUACUCAAUCAUCUUGCCAUCAGCAUUUGAGCGCAAGAUCUCGGACAUACCUAGCGAUACGUCACAACUUUCCACCCAUUAGCUACUACUCGAUAUAGCCUCAGCUCCUUCGACCUUUACCAGAAGUUGUAUUGAAGGAAAUGGCCAACGCGCAACUCAUGCAGGAAGAGCUACAACAGAGUGUGGUACUAUCCGAAGAAGAUGCUGAGUUCGAGGAGGACUUGCCGAACAACAACGCAAUGAUGGUAGAUAACACAGCCCCCAUACCUUCGGGGGACUCACCCGUGGAGGACGCGGAAUUCGAGCAGCCACUUGAUGAAAUAGACAACUAUGAAGACGAAGAAGAUAGCGAGGUCGAUGCAAUACCCGAAGACGAUGUUGUCCCACCGUACAAUGAAGAAGGCGACUUCGAAGAUGCACCAGCUGACGAUGAUGGCGCUGAUGAGGGCGAGGAAGAAUCCAGCAGCAAUAGCGAUAUCCAUGAUGACGAUGACGCCUUUGAUGUUGAUGCAGAUGGGGAAGACGACGAGGACGUCGCUCAAUCUCGAAUCUAUCCGAACGCAGCUUCUGGCGAUGAAGAAGAAGUUGAGCAGGAAGCUGCCGAGGAGGAUGACGAGAACGAAGGAGUAGGCGCAGUCAAGAUUAAGCCUGGCGAUACUGACGACGAAGAGAGCGAUAGCGAGGACGAUAUUAGUCUAGCAUCAGGCUCCAGUGAUGGUGACUCCGCUGCAGAGUGGGAAGAGGUUGUCGAGCAUGACGAAGAUGAAGACGAAGAAUCCGAUGCCGUUGAUCCUAACAAUUGCAUAUUUUGUAAAAAGGAUGAAGAGAACGACCCAGCGGAUGAAUUCGAGGCUUACCUCGCAUGCAAAGGCUGCGGUGAACACGCUCACCAGCAAUGUGCACGAUACCAAGGCGCUCUUGACCUCAAAAACAACGCGUCAAAUUGGAAAUGCCCAGAUUGCGCUAGUGAUGAUGUGGGUUCUGACUCUGAAGCAGAGUUCGCUCGCGAGAAUGCAGACAUUGAUCUCGAGAUGGAGCUAGGCGGUGAUGUGGAUGAUAGCGACUUAUCGCCAACAUCUACUAACGGAUCUUCGGCCCCUCAACUUGCAAGGGAUCUAAUCCCAAACGAGGAUUCUAUGGAUGGAUCACGAGUGUUGAGGAAGAGAAAAACAUCCUCAGCUGAAGGAGAUGACGAAGUCAUGUCAUUGCGUAAGCGAAGAAAGAAUACAUCGGAUGGAUCUAUCCAAGAUGAAGCCAACCAGGAACAGGCAAGCGCAGUGGAAACUUCAACCAGGCCACGGCCUGGGCGCUCCUUGCGACAUAAGACAUCAAACCCAGAUGCCUUAUGCUCCAUCGUCAAGCAGUCACGCUCCACUCUGAUGGUGGUCAUGCGUGUCAAUCCUGCAGCACUGCAGACCCUUUCUCUGAAUAAGAAAACCCGUAGGAGGCGAUCAGCCUGGGGAAGUCGAGGUCGAGGUCGGGGUCGGGGUCGAGGAGGUCGAGGAAGUCGAGGAGGUCGAGGAGGUCGAGGAGGUCGGGCAAGGGCUGCCGCUUCUAGAUCUUCUCGAUCAUCUAGGAACGCCGAAUCGAUACACACUACAGCCUUGGAAGAGCAAUCUUCUCUUCCUAUGGCUCCAUUUUAUCCUCCCAGCUUUUCUCAGCCUUUUUACUCGUUAUAUGAUAAGGAGACAGACGAGCUUAAGGGCAAACCGUACGGUGGGAUUUUGACAGAAGAGCAAGCUGAUACGACCAAAACGUUACCCACUAAAGAUGAUCGUCGCCGGUUUGAUGAAGCAAAACAGAAAGCCGAAGAAGAAUGGAGAAACCGGCUGCUCGCCAUGCAAGCUGAAGCCGAAGUGCCAGUGAAGAAAUCGAGGAAGGCUUCCGGUCCUGCCAGCCAGAUCGAGUGCAUUGAAUUUGGGGGCUGGGAAAUCGACACGUGGUAUGCAGCUCCGUACCCUGAAGAGUACAGUCGUAACAGAGUACUUUACAUAUGCGAAUUCUGCUUGAAAUACAUGAAUUCAGAUUAUGUCGCGUGGAGGCAUAAGCUUAAAUGCUACGCAAAACACCCCCCUGGAGAUGAGAUAUACCGACACGGCUCAAUUUCCUUCUUCGAAGUUGAUGGUCGGAAAAACCCAGUUUACUGCCAGAAUCUUUGUCUCUUGGCCAAACUGUUCCUUGGCUCCAAAACAUUAUACUACGACGUCGAACCUUUCUUAUUCUACGUUCUCUGCGAGUAUGAUGAUCUAGGUUAUCACUUUGUCGGUUACUUUUCCAAGGAAAAGCGUGCGAGCAGCCAAAACAACGUGAGUUGUAUCCUCACGCUUCCCAUUCACCAACGAAAAGGAUACGGCCAUCUACUCAUCGAUUUCUCCUAUCUCUUGACGAAGGUGGAAGAGAAGACCGGCUCACCGGAGAAGCCUUUAUCUGAUAUGGGUCUUGUAUCAUAUCGUAAUUACUGGCGACUUAUUAUCUGCAAAUACCUUAUAGACCAUAUGUCUGAAGACAAAUCGCAGACGAAGGGUCUCAGCAUUAGGUGCAUAUCUGACGACACGGGAAUGACCCCUGAUGAUGUCAUUUCAGCUCUUGAGGCCCUUCGAUUCCUCGUUCGAGAUCCUACCACGCAUGUUUAUGCGUUCCGGGUCGAUCUACCAUACUGCCGCAAGGAAGUUGUAAGGUGGGAGGCAAAGAACUAUGUCAAAUUGAAUCCCAAAAACCUCACAUGGACACCAUACGUCAUGGGUCGUAGCAAUGCGACCAAUUUCGAAUUAGGGCCAGCUCUUAAUACAAUCGCUCCCCGCGAAGAGGAUGAAGAGGUUAAAGCCAUGCAAAAUCUUGCACAGAGUAGUAUUACCACUGGGGACUUCGCUAUCUCCCAAUCUACCAGUCAAAAGCUGCUUUCAGGGGCCGAGUCAUCCGUCCUCGAAUCGACGGAGCCGAACGACAAUGGUACUAUGGAGAGCAAGGGGGACAGGAAGACUAAUGACACCGAUAAAGAAAACAGAAGUAAUUCUGGAGGCCACCAGGAAGACCAGAACACAUCGGGUAGCGCCGUUUCUAGCACCCAGGAUGACGAGAACGGUUGGCGAAAAGUGUACGAUACGAUCCCGGUUAAUAGAUUCCAAGUUUUCCCUCCGAUUAAUACCAGACGCACGGGUAUGUCUCGCUUCAACUCAGCUAUCACCAGGGCAGCUCCGUUACCGCGAACCGCACCCGCCAGCUCGCGAAAAGUCGUGCGACCCAGAAAGAUCAAGCGUUCAGCAGGCAGUACAUCUGCUCGCAAGGCAAGUCAGAAGACAAGCACCAGUAAACGCAAGCCCGGUGGUACUGGCAGAGGUCCUGGCCGCUGGCCAAAGGGCACCAAGAAAAGCGACUAUGGUAACGCGGAUAGUGGCCCGGGCUUGCCACCGGCCUGGCUCGAACGGGAGAAGCAAAAACAAGCGGAGCUCACACCGUCUAAAACGGGCGAGGAAAGCAACACCCAAGAUACAGUCCAAGUGCAAGUCGCGGAGGCUAGCAAUAGCCAAAAGGGAAAGCAAACAGUUUCGCUCUCUACCAAGGUUGAUGUUUCUACUACUGAAACCGAAGCCGCGCCAGUUGACAGUGCUGAUGGUGAUAUUGUCAUGGGCGAGGCUAAUUACACCCAGGAUGGUGAGGGCACAGGAGUAGAAGAGACAUGAAGGAAGCUUCAUACCUAGUGUCGCUUUCAAUGCUUGGUCAAGCAUGUUUUAUAAUAGGAAAUCAGG